UGACUUUGUUUCUGAUUGGUUCGACAGUGGCAAGGGCAAUAUGUCUUUUGCAAACUCCUCUGUAAUUGGAUGGGAAUUGACAGCAUACGGAGAUCACGUGUCCUCUUGGACCUGUCAAGACAAUGCAAACGGACUCUACUUAUUCAAAGGUGACAAAAUUCUCGACACAAGUAGUGGAUACAAGAACGCUCUAAUAUGUAUUGACGUGAAGAAACUCACGCCUUAUUCCUACCAAUAUUAUGUCAGAUCAGACACUGAUUCCAAUGCAAGUAAUUUAAGGGUCUACAUAGAGACCCACAACUCCUCAGUGAUGUCGUGGAAUACGUCAGACUACUGUACACCAACGUCUGGUCCACUAGUAGAAGAGUAUCAUGUAAUAGUAAGAAAAGGGUAUGAAAGUUCUGUGAAACAGUGGUGCCCGAUACCUCUUUUGGGAAAUUUCACGUACACUCACAAUGACGGCACGACGACCACUUGUAGCGGAAAUUCAGGACUGACUGUCUGUCCGAGUUGGACGACGAUGGAAUUUGACUAUUCAAAAUGUCCCACAAUACAAGCAUUCUCAAGCGAGGGACAGGUAAACUGUGUGCACAGUACAUAUGGAGGAUCAACUUUCUAUACUACAGUACUAAGUCCAGGAAUUGUGGAUGAUGUAAACUAUUACAAGUUUACAUGCUAUGCAAUAUCAUCAACAGGUAGUUCUGUAUAUUUGAGUGAUAGCCGUGGAAUGUGUGAAGCGGGACAAACGUCAACUGUCAAACAGAGUGACGGUAGCGGUACUCUUACUCUGACCUCUACGGAAAACUGCUGUGAGUAA